UCUUGCAGAGAGGGAGCACUUGGCGCUGUCGUCUCUUGAGACGACUCAGAUUGUUCCAAAACUUGGCUAUCUGAAACGGCUUCCACCGCAGGAGUUUCGAUUCCAUUUGGUGUGGUUUCUUCAGAGAAAUGCACAGAGCCACAUCAUCGUCUUCUCCGUCAAUGGAAGUGUAGAUUCAGAUUUGAGAUUGAGAUUUCACACCGACUUCACACCUCUCCAUUGAUCGGAAAUUUUCUAUUCCUCUUCACUGUUUGUUUUGUUUCGUCUUAAUCUCUUCUGUGUCUCUCCCAUGGCGGCGUCUCCUCUCUGCACGUGGCUAGUGGCCGCUUGCAUGUCGGUGACCGCCGACAAUGAGUUUGCGCCGAAACCGUCGAUGGUACAGUGUUCGAAGAGAUUGAGCAGGUGGGGGAAGAGGAGGAGGGUUUUGGCUCAAUGCAGCGACUUCGCUCGAGGUGGGUCGAUUUCGUCGAGCAUUCAGGGUCUGGUGAGCUCGUGUCUGGCUUUCGAGCCCUGCGACCAGUAUUGUAGCUCCAAGGGGCUUCCUUACUCGGCCUUUUUCGGUGACAAUGCUCUCUCGUCGCUUUUCGGAUCCAAGUCUCUUCCUCCGAAUCGAAGGCAGAGGCGAACCAAUCGAGGCUCCCAUUCGGGGGAAACCAUGGCAGUGGCUGUGCAACCUGCAAAGGAGGUCACAACAAAGAAGAAACCUCUUACAGAACAGAGGCGAGUAGUUGUGACAGGGAUGGGGGUCAUGAGCCCAAUUGGUCACGAACCAGACAUCUUCUACAACAAUCUGCUUGAGGGUGUUAGUGGCAUAAGUGAAAUAGAGAGUUUUGAUUGUUCUCAUUUUCCAACGAGAAUUGCUGGCGAGAUCAAGUCCUUCUCAACAGAUGGAUGGAUUGCACCGAAACUUUCCAAAAGGAUGGACAAGUUCAUGCUAUACAUGCUCACUGCUGGCAAGAAAGCCUUGGCGGAUGGUGGAAUUACAGAAGAUGUAACUGAUGAGUUGGAUAAAUCUAGAUGUGGAGUUUUGAUUGGCUCAGCAAUGGGUGGCAUGAAGGUUUUUAACGAUGCCAUAGAAGCUUUGAGGGUCUCAUAUAGGAAGAUGAACCCUUUCUGUGUACCUUUUGCCACUACAAAUAUGGGCUCUGCCAUGCUUGCAAUGGAUUUGGGGUGGAUGGGCCCAAAUUAUUCAAUAUCUACUGCUUGUGCUACCAGCAACUUCUGUAUAUUGAACGCAUCAAAUCAUAUCAUCAGGGGUGAAGCUGACAUGAUGCUUUGUGGUGGCUCAGAUGCGGCAAUCAUACCUAUUGGUUUGGGAGGUUUUGUUGCUUGUAGAGCACUUUCACAGAGGAACAACGAUCCUACCAAAGCUUCACGUCCUUGGGAUACUAACCGUGAUGGAUUUGUUAUGGGAGAAGGAGCUGGGGUCCUGCUUUUAGAAGAAUUAGAGCAUGCUAAGAAAAGAGGUGCAAAAAUUUAUGCAGAAUUUCUGGGUGGAAGCUUCACUUGUGAUGCCUACCACAUGACUGAGCCUCACCCUGAUGGUGCUGGUGUCAUUCUCUGCAUAGAAAGUGCCUUGGCUCGAUCCGGGGUGUCCAGAGAAGAUGUGAAUUACAUAAAUGCACAUGCUACCUCCACACUUGCUGGAGACUUUAGAGAGUACCAAGCUCUUGUUCGUUGUUUUGGCCAGAAUCCCGAGUUAAAAGUGAACUCUACAAAAUCUAUGAUUGGUCACCUGCUAGGAGCAGCUGGUGCAGUGGAGGCCGUUGCAACAAUACAGGCCAUACGGACAGGGUGGGUUCAUCCAAAUAUCAACCUUGAGAGCCCGGAGGAGGGUGUGGAUACGGAUUUGCUAGUGGGCUCAAAGAAAGAAAGACUCGACAUCAAGGUGGCAUUGUCUAAUUCAUUUGGGUUUGGCGGCCACAAUUCAUCAAUCAUAUUUGCCCCUUACAAAUAGACCUUGUGGCCUACUCUGAACUUACUCACUUUAAUGAGGCCGAAGGUAUGUAGGUAUGCAACCUUCUUUUGUUUUAGCUCCUGGGUACUGGAAUACGAGAUAGAAACCAAGCUCCAGGUGGAGUUGUUAACACUGAAGCUUGUUUUUCCAUUGCUACAUGAUAAGGAGAAAAUUAUAGGGUGUUGGGUUGAGAGUUAUAUCCAGGGUAGUUCCAGAAAGAACUUUGUCCCGGACACUUUUGUCGUAGUAAUAAGUGAUUAUCAAAUCUUCAGUUGAUUGGCACUGGUGGGUUGGUCACAUCUUGCAGUUGCUGAGCACCCAGGGAACCUCCUCUGUAUCUCAUCUUUUGUUUGCCAGAAGGGAAGUUAAAAAAUUCAGUGUUAUAAGUCA